GCGUGCUGAUGCAGAGAGUUUAGCGUUAGCUUGAAGUGGAAAAUUCACCGUUUUAUCAUCAGUUUUAUCUUAAAAUCGAGUUCAUCCGGAUUUUUUUUAAAGAAGUCUGAAGAAAUGCGAAGACGAAAGUUGACAAACUGGAGGAAAACGAGCUAAUCUGCAGUUUCAGCGGAGGAAUUGAAGGUAAAAAGCUUGUCUCCAAGGUAGGUUCCAGUCCCUGUGGCCCCUGGCAGCAUCAUGGUGGACAUUGCCGUGAAGAGCGGAGCUGCGUGGGUGUGUCCCGAUGAGGGACAGUUGGCUGAUGUCCUGCUUCCUGUUGACGUCAGUAACAAAGACGAUCACGAUGAGGAGCUCGGUCAGUCAGAGGGAGACGAGACAAACAGGGGCGGCCCAGUGCUGUUGGAGCAGACGGAAGAAGGGUCUCCUUGUGUCUUGACGCUCCACUGCAGCUCCUGCUCACCUGCUGCCAUCAGCCGCCUGCUGGUCACCAGCGAGGCCCGAACCAUGGAGGUGUACAGCCAGACGGGAGAAUACUGUGGGACAGUCCGCGGGAAGAGAGACAACAGUGUCCAGACAGACAGCUCAGACAGAGGGCCUUUCUACAAGAAACAGCUGAUCCUUGAGCACCCGUCCUCUGCCUGUGACGUGAAGCUGCUCUCCCUGGGCGGUCGAAGCAGCGUAUUGGUGUGUCGAGUCAUUGUGGGCCUUCAGCCUCUGCCGCCCUGCGCAGCCCGCGGUCCUGGCAUUGAUAUGCAGCAGGUGCAGUGUCUGGUUGAGGAGAUGGGAACAAGCCUCUCUCCAGGAGCCCAGCACCUCAUGGACAUGGUGCACUUCCAGCAGAAGAACCAGACCAGCUCUCUGGGCGGCUUCCUGCCUCUCCUGAUGGGCGGUGGAGUUUUCUCUGCUCUGGCUCAAGGAGCCAACAUCUCCUCAGCAGCCUUCAGAGACCAGCCGCUGCCUGCAGACUCCACGCCUCCAGUCGGCUCCAUCAGGCCUGCAGGUGAAGCUUCGCCGCCUCAGAACGGAGUGAUGUCAGACAGUUCCUCUGUCUCCUCCCCGGACCUGCCGCCGUCUGCCGUCAACACCAAGAACACAGCGAGCAGUGAGAAUGGAGGCCCUGUGAAUCACGCCCAGCUGGCUGAGAUGAUGUCACACUUCCUGAAAGGGCAGGGGCCCGGCGAGGUGAUGUGCUCGGGCCCCGAGCUGCUGCCCGUGCUGCAGACCCUCUGUGGUCAGGUGACGAAGCUGAGACUGGAUGACGCGGCGGCGGCGCUGGCAGAGAAGGAGAAGGUGAUGAGGAACGGAACGUGGGAGUUGGACUCAGCCAUGGAGCGUCGUCUGGAGGAGAUGGAGAGGAGGCUGAAGGAGCACGUUGACCGUCGCCUGGACGCUCUGGAGCAGAAGCUGGAGAAGGCCCUGCUGAGCACCCUGCCGCAUGUCGCCCUCAACCAGGGAGGAGCAGCAUCCACGGGACCGUCGGAGCAGACCGCCGCGGCAUCGGCCACGCACUGAGUUCAGAGCGACUAAAAGACUAACACAACAUGUAACCUGAACGCCUUUCUGCCCCUAGUGCUUCUCAGAGUCGACCUUAGAGCCAGAGGAGAGGCAGAGCAGGAUGCAGACGCUAAAAUCUAAAAAGGGCUGAAAUGGAAUUAUUGAUAAAAUAACACAAUAAUCGCAAUAACCUGUUAAAACAUAAAAAUUGUGUUAAACUACGAGUGUCGGCUGUCAGAAAUGCAGCCUCUUUAACGGUUUGUCUUUUAUCUUCGGGGGAAAAUAACAAAGCAACACUGAUGGACAGCAGAAGUGAAUGUCCUGGAUGUGGGACUGUCUGUGUGGCCGAAUGAAACAAAACUGCAGAAAUAUGCAGAAAACAUGUCUUGCGUCUGCAGUGCAUUCUGGGAAAGUUUAUCCACAUGAAGAAGUGAAGUGAAAAAAUACAUUGCCAACAAAAAAACACCUAAAACCAAACAGAAAAUGAAAUGACACUGAGCAUGUGAUCGUAUCCAGGUUUGAACAUCAUAAUAUUUUACAUGCAUCACCAGCAGAACAGAAUUAUUCACAUUAAACUGUGCAUGUAAACACUCCAAUCUGUCCUCUGAGGUUUCACGAUCCACUCAGUCCUCUAGUCCACCUGUGGAUUAACAGUUGUUCACACUGCGUACUGUAACUGCACUGAUCUGCUGUGAUUUAGUGAGUCAGGCCUUCUGUGUCUGGGUCAGGUCAGCUGUGGAUAAUGUCAGAAUGAAUACAUGAAGUCCUGUCACAGGAGUGCGUACAGAAGGUUAUUAAAAUGUGUUUUAAUAUGACACUGUAAUGUUUGAAAUAAUGUACAUGUCUGUAACAUAAAGCUGCCGAUGUAAACUGAUGGUGAUGGUUUUAAUAACCGAGCUGACAGAAAUAAAAAUAUAUUUAUACAGAUGAA